AUGUCAAGCACCUUCUUAAUGAAAGACCGUCAAGUUGAUUCCAUAUUUAUUUUCAGUCAUUCAGAUUUGGAUCGACCAGAUGAAUCAGUAAGAUUGCGUUAUGUAAAAGUAAUUGAUAUUUAUACGGAAAUUCAUCUUCUAAGAGAAGCAAUACGAAAGGACAUCAAUAGAAUUGAAAAAUCUCUAGCGGAAUUUAGUUUUUAUCAAAAGGAAAAGUCAUUCACAGAUUUAACUGCAGAAUCUGGAUCAUUUUUAUUUUUUCAAUUAUGUAAAAGCGCUUUGUUUAGUAUGGAAAAAACAGACGAAUCAAAACAAGAAAUGCUCAGCGAAUGUCGCCUGUACUAUCAUGGAAUCAAGGAAGAAUUAGACAACAUUGAAGAAUUUAAUACAAAAUAUAAAGCAGAGAAGGCCAUUUACUGGUACACUAAAGAAUGCUUUCUCUAUAAACUUGUCAACAGAGCUUUUCGAAAAGAAAACAUUCCAUUAUUGUAUACACUUCGUUUUUAUAUAACUGAUCUUUCCAACGCGCUCGAAAUGAAAUUUAAAAAAUGGAAAAGCAAGGAGGAAAAUGCAAGAUCGAUAUUAAAAGUCUAUCGUGGACUUAAACUGACAACAGAUGAACGGUCCAAUAUACAGAAAAACAUCGGCAAUUUAAUAUCAUCUAAUGGUUACUGGUCAACAACCCCUAUGCGUAAUAAAGCACUAGAUUUUGCUAAAAACUCAAAACGUCCUAACGCACAAGCUGUUCUACUUGAAAUUACUAUGGAUGUGAAUUUGGUAGAAAAAACAAUAUUAGUUGAUAUAGCGGAUGAGAGUGAGUUCGAAGAAGAAAAAGAAGUUUUGUUCGAUUUAGCGAAACCUUUAUAUCGUGCGAUACGUCGCGAUAAAGUUCCGUGUGGCGGUCUAACGUGGCGUCUCGAUUUAAUCCCUAUCGAGAUAUAA